UACAUCCUCACGCGCGCGCCUCUGCAGACAAAUGUACGGGAGAGUUAGAAAAAAAAGAAAAAAGAUAAAAAAAAAGUUGUGCGUUCCACGGACGUGGCGCGAGGCGUUCCAGCAGCCACGCGCGAGCGGAGGGAGGAUUGAUCUUACUAAUCACAGGGCAUGGCUCCGUGCGGCGUCAGAGCGCCGCGGUUCCUGGGGCCCAACGUGUACCCGGAGGCCCCCGACGGAGGCUGGGGAUGGGUGGUGGCCGUGGCCUUCUUCCUGGUGGAGGCCUUCACCUACGGCGUCAUCAAGAGCUUCGGCAUCUUCCUCCAGGACCUGAAGGAGGAGUUCGGAGAGACGAACAGUCGGGUCUCCUGGAUCGUUUCCAUCUGCGUGUUCGUCAUGACUUUCAAUGCCCCCCUCUCCUCUGUGAUGACCAACCGCUUCGGCUUCCAGUUCGUGGUGAUGCUGGGAGGGUUGCUCAUCAGCUCGGGGACCAUCGCCACCAGCUUCACCGGCUCCGUCAACCAGAUGUACGUCACCUACGGACUGCUAGCAGGUAUGGGCUACUGUCUGACCUUCCUGCCCACCGUCACCAUCCUCUCGCAGUACUUCAGCUCCCGGCGGUCGCUGGUCACGGCCGUGGCGUCCACCGGAGAGUCUCUGUCCAUGUUUGCCCUGGCGCCAGCCUUUUCUGCAUUGAGGGAUCAUAUCGGCUGGCGGCGCACGAUGGCGACGAUGGGAGGUCUGCAGAGCGUCAUCAUCGUCUGCGGCGCUCUGCUCCGUCCGAUCGUCAUCAAACCGCCGACGGCCCGAGAAGCAGAGGUCGACAGGUUGUCCGCAAAUGAACAGGAAGCGAGCGGCACGCAGAAGGAAGGCGAGGGCGCCGGCACCGAGGGUCAUGCGACCAAUCAGGGUUCAGUUGAGGCCAACGCCACGUACAGCCUGGAAAAUGAGCAAACGACGGGCUCUGUGAGCACGGGAGACUCUGGCAUCCAGUCGCUGAAGGACACAGACUGCAGCAGCCAGGAGGAGAACGCUCCACUGCACAAAGACGGAACCUUAAAGGCUGCAGAAAGACAGCGGUCUGAACCCGAUAAACCCAGCUGUGGAGCAGCGGAGGAGCCGGCAGAUGAAACCCCGCCGGUGAAAAAGGCCAAACUGCUGGACUUCUCCAUCCUCAGAGAGUGCACCUUCAUCCUCUACUCUCUGUUCGGGCUGUUCGCCACGCUGGGCUUCUUCGCCCCUCAGCUCUACAUCAUCGUGCUGAGCGUCAGCCGCGGCGUGGAGCACGAGCGCGCCGCCUACAUGCUCUCCAUCAUGGCCGUGGCCGAGAUCCUGGGCCGGUUCUCCAUCGGCUGGGUCAUGACGCGGAAGCCUCUCCGGAGGAGGAAGCUGCUGGUCAUGCUGGCGUGCGUCCUGGUGAUGGCCGUGGACCUGGUGGGAUUCACCCUGGUGACGGAGUUCUACGGCCUGGCCGUCUGCAGCAGCGUGUACGGGUUCUUCAUGGGAACGCUGGCGUGCACGCACAUCCCCAUGCUGGCCGAGGACGACGUGGUGGGCAUCGACAGGAUGUCUUCCGCCGCCGGAGUCUACGUCUUCAUCCACAGCUUCGCCGGGCUCGCCGGGCCGCCGAUGGGAGGCGUGCUGGUGGAUUUAACGAAAAACUACGGCUCGGCCUUUUACUCCUGCGCAGCCGGCAUGGCGAUCAGCGCCGUCUUCCUGGGUUUGGUUAAACCUGCUAAGAGAGGAUUACUGUGUAAGAAGAAGAGCCCGGAACAGCUGGAGAACGCUGAUGGAGCUAACCCUAACCCCAACCCCAGCCCCAGCCCCGCCACAGCUCAGAGCCAGAACCACAAACCGGACCAGAGAACGAACGAUGUGGACGACUGCGAGAUGCCACAGAGGUGAUUCGGUUUGAUUCAGGACCCAUGUGAAGGGUCAAAGGUGAAGAAUGCCGCCGGCAGGCCGCUGAAGGAAAGUGAGCACAGCGAAGGGUGGCUACGAGCGCUCUCAGGUCUGCCGGAUCUGAUCACCGAGAGAAAUCUGAAGAGCUUUUAGAUCACACUCAAUCAAGCAACCGGGCUUUAAUUACCGGUAAAACCAAGCAAUGUUUUCACUUGAAUCAAUUUAAAAAACGAAGAAUGUACCUUUACAUUACCUUGAAAUAAGCUAAAGCUGUCCUGUCUCUGAUGGGUGAUGGAGAGAUAAUCAUGGUGCUGUGGACGAUGAAAGAGGAGCAGCAGCUUGACACUCGAUCACGUGACACGAAUGAGAGCCAAGAAGUUAGAAACUGGAGCAAACGUCGCUGCAAGAACAAAUAAGCUGCACAGAUUUUUGUACUACUUUUCAUACUGAAAUAAACUCAGGAGUGCAUGAUCGUACAAGCUGCCGCCAUCGAAGCACUGUUCCACCACCAGAAGCCUCGUGAAAAUGUCUUCUAUCACAUCAUGAAACAUCAUGAAUAUUUGUUUUUCUUUUUAAUAAUAAACUUUGACAGUGUGGCAUUUUCACAUAAUAAUCCCAAAAUAGAAACAAAUUAAAUCAUAAAAAUACCAAGAUAAGCCUGAAUGUUGUGUAACUGAGUCAGAAAAAAGACCUGGUGUUCUUUUCUGAUGUUGAUGUAUUUUUGGAGAAUAUGAUGCAGAGCUUGAAAGACACAGCAAACACAGAUUCCACUUGAAUUUGUCUUUUUAUUGAAUUAUUGGUA